ACAAUGCCAGUCAUUCUUUCUUGUCUGUGAUUGGGCACUCUAUGAAACGCCCAUUCACCCAUCUUGUUCCGGGUUACGAUCAUGGCGUGUUGCUGAACAACAUGUGAGUUUUGAUGCCAACAAGCUGGAGAUUUUAAUACACUUUAAAGACAACAUUAGAAAUGGCAUCAAUGGAGGAAGACUUCCCUCGAGGAGGGACAGCAAAGAAACCCACCGAGACUGAGAGCAAAAUAGUGGUGCAGCGGACAGAGGUGGACAACUUGUUCCAGUCAAACGAACAAGCGGAAGCGAGGAAAAGAAAGGGAGCAGGCAAAGAUGACGGCAAGAAGCUCAAGAAGCCGAAGACGGGCAAAGAUAAAGAAGAUGGUCUGAUGCUGAACGCAGCAGCCAAGUGUGUGGAGAUUCUACAUGUCAAGAAUGUGAAGGAGGGCAUGCUGAUGCUGGGCUGUGUGAAGGAGGUGGCAGACUUUGAGGUGACAGUGAGCCUUCCCUGUGGCCUGCAGGGCUUCCUCAGCAUCAGGAACAUCUGUGACGCGUACGCCAAGCUGCUCAGCGAGCAACUGGAUUCAGCUGACACAGAGGAGAUCUUCUCUCUGCCUCACCUCUUCCACCCUGGCAUGGUGAUCAGGUGUGUGGUCGCCAAGUUGGAUGUUGCCAAAGGAGGCUCUCCCAGCAUCCAGCUGUCGGUCAAUCCAAAGCUGAUCAACAAGGCUCUCGCCUCGAGCUCUCUGAAAGCAGGCAUGGUCUUGAGUGGAUGUGUGGAGAGUGUGGAGGAUCACGGCUACAUCGUUGACAUCGGCAUCAGUGGCACCAAAGCCUUCCUGCCCAAGACGGCAGCAAAAGACAAACCAAACGACCCAAAAGAGCUGAAAGUCGGUCAGUAUGUGACGGCUCAAGUGGAAGAAGUAAAGAACGAUGGACGCGUGGCCCGUCUCUCUGUCAGCUCCUCGACCCUCACCCAGGCCUUGGCUGAAUCUGAGCAGGGCUGGAACCUCACCACCCUCCUGCCUGGUCUUCUGGUCAAAGCUACCAUCAAAAAGGUAACCAAACAUGGUCUGAUCCUGGGCUUCCUGACCUCUUUCAGUGGCCACGUGGACUUUCUCCACAUGGAGCCAGAGCAGACAUCCAGCUACACUGAGGGAGCCGAGGUGCAAGCCCGUGUCCUGUACGUGGAGCUGUCCACCCGCCUGGUGGCCCUGAGCCUGCGCAGCUACCUUGUUCAGGCCGGGUCCGACGUUGACCCGUCUCCUGCUGCAGGUGACCGCAUCGGUGAGGUGGUGAAAGGCUGCAAGAUGACCACUAUGCACCACAUGUCCGGAGCCAUGUUGGAGCUGCCCGACAAAACGAUAGCCUUUGUACACAGGAACCACAUGAAGGAGUCUAGUGAGCCCUCUAAUGAGAACAGGGUGCUGGCCAUGCCUGAGCACACCUGCAGGAUACUGGACUUCAGCGCAAUGGACCAAAUCCAUUUUGCCAGCCUGCGCAAGAGCAUUAUUGAGAGGCCUUUUUUUAGAUACCAGGAUCUUCAGGCUGGUCAGGUUGUAGAGGGGAAAGUGUCAGUCCUGCUGAAUCACGGCAUGGUGGUGCAUCUGUCUGACCACAUUAAAGGCCUGGUGCCCCGGACUCACCUGUCUGAUAUCAUCCUUAAGAACCCAGAGAAGAAGUACGUGGAGGGCAUGAAGAUCAGAUGUCGGGUGCUGUCAGUCGAGGCUGAGAACAAGAAGCUGUACCUGACCAGAAAGAAGGCCCUUGUCGAGAGCACCUUGCCGUUGUUCCUCAGCUAUGCCGAUGCCCAACCUGGCCGCGUGUCGCACGGCUACAUCGUCUGCAUCAAAGACUUUGGCUGCAUUGUUCGUUUCUACAACAACGUCAAGGGCCUGGUGCCGCUCAGCGAGCUCAGCUCAGAGCCCAUCAUCAGCCCGGAGGAGAUCUUCUAUGUGGGCCAGGUGCUAAAGGCUAAAGUCCUUCAGUGUGACCCCGAUAAGGCCAAGAUGCUGCUGUCAUUUAAGGCUGCGGUGGAGGGAGACACCGGGGAAUCUGCCAAGCCCCAGCUGGACUGUGAGGUUGGGAAGAGAGUGGAGGCGAGGGUACUGAAAAAGUCAGUCACCGGCCUGGAGGUGGCCAUCCUCCCCGAUGAGAUCCCUGCCGUGCUACCCACAAUGCACCUGUCUGAUCACGUGUCCAACUGCCCUCUGCUGUGGGAGAACCUUCAGGAGGGAGACAACAUCUCAAACCUCAUCUGCUACAGCAAGAACAAGCAGAAUAUUGCUCUCACCAAGAAACCAACUGUGAGAUGGUCCCUGGAGGAAGGAGUGGUUGCCAAGGAUUUCUCUGAAGUCACAGUUGGAAUGCAGCUGGUAGGCUGGAUCAAAAACAUCAUGUCCUAUGGCGUCUUCGUAGAGUUCCCAUACGGCCUUGUUGGUCUUGCACCCAAGUCGGCCAUGGCUGACAAGUUCAUCCAAGACACGACAACUGCCUUCCAGCUGGGCCAGACGGUGCUGGCUAAAGUGACCAACCUAGAUGAGGAGAAGCGGCGUUUCCUGGUCACGCUGAAGAUAUCCGAGGUCAUUCCUCCAGAGGGUGACGCCCAGACCAGACUUAUUAAUGGUCUGCAGGAGAAGAGAGCUGUGACUGAAAUGUUAGCAAUGAGAGAUGUCAGUGACCUCCGCCAGCAGCUGGCUGCUCUGUGUGUCGGCCAGAAGCUGAAGCUGACUGUAGAUACAGCAGGCAGUGGUGCCACCUUUAAGUCAGACGAUUUGAGCGGUGCUACCAUACUGGCUACCAAGCACCAUGUCAUGGGUGUGAACUUGUCUCCUGGGCAGAAAGUCACUGCAGUCAUCCUCCAUAUCGACAUCCUGUCGUCAUGUAUCCACGUGUCCAUCCUUUCCAAACUGGUGGGGAAGAAGAAAUCUCUAACUGAAGGCUCAGAGUACACAGCGAUGGUGCAGCACAUCGACAAAGACUUUGCUGUCAUCUCACUUCAUGAUACGGCGCAGCUGACUGUGAUCCAGACCAGGAGCCACCUGAACGAGAUAUUCCUGUCUGAGUCAAACAAGCUGAAACCGGGGAUGAGUUUGUCUGUCAAUGUUAUAGAAGCCAGCUGUCAGGAGUUGCAGGGGCUCCCUCUAGUGUCCUGGCAGCGCAGUGCGCCAAAAAGGCAGCGCACGACUUCGGAAAACCAGAAGGGUCACCAGUUCGGUGACAUUGUGCAGGGUAAAGUAAAGACAGUGAAGCCAACCUCCAUCCAGGUCACACUGGAGGACGGAAGCACAGCCAGCGUGCACGUGUCUGAGGUGAAGGAGGCCACAGGUAUGAUUGUGGGAUCCUUCCCCACGUCUUCGGUUAAAGUCGGCAGCGUGGUCACCGCCAGGGUCAUCGGAGGACGAGAAGCUUCCAGUCACAAAUUCCUGCCUUUCUCCCAUCCCAAAUUCACAUACAACAUCCCUGAGCUCACACUUAUACCCAGCAAACUGGAUAAGAGUAAAGAUUUGAAACCAGUUACAGCGAAAGAAAAACUGAGCAGCUGUAAGGUCGGGGAAGAAAUUACAUGCUUUGUAUCAAAGUUUCAUCCACAGAAGAAAUCUUUGGAGGUCACCAUUGAUCCGUGUGUUACUGGGACUGUUGAACUGCUGGCCAUGAUCACUGAUCCAAAAGACGGGGGCCACCCAGAGAAACUGUUCAAGCUGGGUCAAGCAGUCCGCGGCAAAGUGGUCGAAGUGAUCCCCAAACCGCACCGCUUCAUGCUGUCGCUCACAGGUGUCCACAAGCUGGAGAAAGGCAGCGUUACUUUGGGGAUGGUGACUAACAUUCAGCCACAGGUCGGCCUCCAGGUCAAACUUCCCUUUGGCGGCACGGGGACUGUCGCUGUCACUGAACUGGCUGACGCCUACAGGCCGAACCCUCUCAACGGGUACAGCAAGGAUCAACUCAUCAGGUGUUUCCUUCUUGUGAGUGAAAAUGACAAGUGGCACUUGUCUCUACGUCCAUCAAGGCUGAACCCACAGCAGGCCAAACCAGCGAAGGACCCUGAAGUUAUGUCGAUAGACACACUGAAGGCAGGUCAGCUCAUCAGAGGCUACGUCAAGUCUGUGGGAGAGCAGGGUGUCUUCAUCAGGUUGUCUUCCAGCAUCACAGGGAGAGCACAACUUCAGCAGUCCACACAAUACUUUGUCAGCAACCACAAGGUCCUCUCUGUUAACCUGCCUCCCAACACCCUGCUCACUACCAAGAUCCUCAGAAUUGACAAAGAGGAGGAGCUGGUCAACCUCUCUCUGCUCCCGGUGGACACCGGGAAGCCGGACAUCCUUCCAGAAUCUCUGGCUCUGCCACUGCGCCUGACCGGACAGGAGAAGAAGAAACACGAUGAUCAGCAGAAGAUGAAGAAACGCACACUGCCCGAGAGCGAACAGGUACCAAAGAAGAAGAAGAAAACAAAGAAAUCAAAGGGUGAUGACAACGACAGCGGCGUGGAGGUGUACUUCAGAGAAGAGGAGGAUAAGGAAGAUGGCGAAGAUCCCAAAUCUGAUUCUGUGAAACAGGCGACUCAAAGCUCAGCGGGUCCAUCCAGACUGCAGGUGGCAGCAGGUUUCUCCUGGGACGUGGGUCUUAGCGCCCUGAAGCCUGCCUCUGCAGCAGUGCAGGGAGGGGACUCCAGUGAUGGAGAGGACCAAGACGAAAGCAGUAAACCCAAGAAGAAAUCUCGUCACGAGCUUGAGGAAGAGAAGAAGGCAGCAGAGAAGGCCCUGGUACAGCGGGAGACUCAGCUGAUGGAUCCCAGCCUGCGGCCAGAGGAUGCGGCCGCAUUCGAGCGCCUGCUGCUCGCUUCACCCAACAGCUCCCUGCUGUGGCUGCAGUACAUGGCUCACCAUCUGCAGGCCACCCAGAUCGAACAGGCCCGCGCCGUGGCCGAGAGGGCCCUCAAAACCAUCUCCUUCAGAGAAGAGCAGGAGAAGCUGAAUGUGUGGGUGGCCUUGCUGAACCUGGAGAACAUGUACGGAACGGAGGAGAGCCUAAAGAAGGUGUUUGAGCGGGCGCUGCAGUUCUGUGAGCCCAUGCCCGUGUACCAGCAGCUGGCUGACAUCUACACAAAGUCCGACAAGAUCAAGGAGGCAGAGGGCCUUUAUAAGACGAUGGUGAAGCGUUUCCGUCAGAAUAAGGCAGUGUGGCUGAGCUACGGCACCUUCCUGCUCCAGCAGGGUCAGAGUGACGCUGCUAGUGCUCUCCUGCAGAGGGCGCUGAAGAGUCUGCCCUCUAAAGAAAGUGUGGAUGUCAUCGGCAAGUUUGCUCAGCUGGAGUUCCGUUAUGGUGAUGCAGAGAAAGGUCGCGCCAUGUUUGACAAAGUCCUGACGAGCUACCCGAAACGCACAGACCUCUGGUCCGUCUUCAUCGACCUCAUGGUCAGACAUGGAUCGCAGAAGGACGCCAGGGCGCUCUUUGAUCGUGUCAUCCACCUGAGUGUUUCAGUGAAGAAGAUCAAGUUCUUCUUCAAGCGCUACUUGGAGUACGAGAAGAAGCAUGGCACCCCACAGAGCAUCCAGGCAGUCAAAGAGAAGGCCAUAGAGUUUGUUGAGGCUAAAGGCACUGAUGCUGCCAACUAAGGACCAGACACACAAAUAUACACACAUUGCGUGUGUGUGGACUGCCAUGUGCUGAACUCUGUUUGAGCCUCACAAGGUUUAGGGGUCCUGAUGCUCGCACAGGUUCCCCCUUUAAAAAGAUCAACUUGUAAUUUAGCUUUUUUAUUGUUGUGGACUUCAGUUCCUGAAAGUGUUGGUUUGAUGCUGUAAUAUUGCAGAACACAACAAACAUUUUGUAAAGUGGGUUGUGAUCCUCUAUCAAUGUUUGAAAAAAGCUUAUAUUUAUCAUUUCAUCAAAUUCAUCUUCAUCUAUUUUGUAUAAGAGCGAAUGUGAGCUAUGAAGAAAAUAAUCGAUGUGACUGCAUUUGAAAUGGAUUCAUUAAAGGUCCCUUUACACA